AUGUCCGGCGACCUGAGGCAGCACCUGCUGCCGUCAGCGGCUAGCAGCCCGCCCGUCCUCAACGGGCGCCUCGUAUUGGAUGCCGAGGCUGUGCCCUUGCUGCAAGAUGGCGCCCUUCCUCCCACUCUACCACGGCUAUCUCAUCUGUGGGACGCUGAUUCAUUGAAAUAUAUCUACAUGGGGGCGUGGUCUGGACUGUUGGUGCUCCAGUUUGCGCUAACCAGGGUUCUGGCAGAAACACUGUCGAUGCCAUCAGAUGCUGACACCUUUGACAGGCAUCUGAUGUACGAAACGCUGUCGCACUUUUUACUGUUUGGGUUCUUGCUGGGUUGGUUCAUCAACAUCACCGACCACGACCGAUUCAUUUGGCUCUUCAGUUGGAGACGGUGGUACUUCUUUGUUGUUUACUUUGGGACCAGCCCUGUGUACUCAUAUGUGAGUGACUACGGCUGCAUGGAGCACAGCAUGGAGGACAUCGCCAACUGGGGCCCUGGCAUGUGGGCUGCAGUAGGAUCGUUGGGCGGAGUGGCUGUGAUCUUCCUGCUUGUCCAUUUCUACCUGGCCAUGAGGCGCCAGACGACAGCUGGUGCCCUUGUCUAUCUGAUUGCGAGGCUAUUCGUUUUUGGAUUUUAUGUGGUGGCGGCUGUGUAUCUUGGACACAGCCAUUACUGCAAUGUGCACAUACACCAUUACUUCACAGCAUGGUGUGUAGCACUGUUUGCUGAGUUCAACCACCCGAUAUCGGCCUUGAUGCUGGCAAUUUCAGCGUCCAUUUUUGUCCAAGGCAGUGCCGCUUACUCAUGCGCCCCCCUUUUCAACAACGGCGGCUGCAUGACUACUGUGCGGCCCACCACAGAGGCCACUUGCCUUUUCCGCGGCAGCCAAAAUUUCACGCUCAUGAUCUGUCCGUUGGACGGAAGCCCUCCCUUCGAGGAGGCCAACUGUUACGUGGGCGAUGCCCUCCAACCAGACGCUAAUCUCUUCUAG